AUGGAAUACCGUCGGCAGUCAAUCACCAUGACGAAAAGAAGCCGUGGGACCAUCCUCGACGACCUCCCCGAGUGGAUUAUCAUCGAAGAGAUCCUCAUCCGGUUGCCACCAAAGGACGUUCUUCGCUGCCGCGCUGUCCGCAAGUUGUGGUGCAGUGCCACCUCCACCGACAAGUUCAUGCUCGGCAACUGCCUACGCCAGCCGUCGCUCCCUGUUAUCAACCAGGAUAUCCCUGGGCAGGAAGGAGUCACCUUCGUUGUCUUCCGUGACAACAGUGACGGAGCCUCCAAUCAAAAGCUCUGGCCAAUCAUUCAACACUCUAAGUUCCAUAAUCUCCUGGGGGCCUGUGAUGGCUUUCUCAUCUUGUCCGAUGCAUCCCAUUUCUGGAUCUGCAAUCCAGCCACUCGCAGAUGUGCUCCCCUACCACAACCUCGAGUUCCAUCGGCAGGGGGGUCCUGCAUCUACAUAGCUGGCUUUUACCGGCACCAUCCAUCUGGAGAAUACCGGGUGCUCUGGUUCUCGCAUGGCCAUGAACGUGGCUACAUUCUCUCGGCAGGAUCUGACAAGCCGAGAAUGAUCAAACGGCCGUCAGUGUCAUCGCGUUUGUCGAAAUGUAUGCGCGAAGGGGCUUUUGAUUCCUGCUAUAGUUCACAAGUCAACCACCGCGGCAGCCUGCACUGGUUAACAGGAAUUGACAUGGAGACUCCCAUGGACAUUAUGGUGUUCGACACUGUAACUGAGAAGUUCCGGUGGAUGCGCAGUUCUGGCCAGUUGGGCCGUCAGGUGUCAUUGUGGGAGAUGGACGACAAGCUUGCUUCGUGCAGCACCAAUGAUGCCAGCAUAGAGAUUUGGAUGAUGCAAGACUACGAGGCUGAGGCCUGGGCCUUGAAGUACCGGAUUAACUUGUUAGCGAUGAAGACAUCACCACAGUUUGAGUAUAUUUCUAAGAUGUCACUGCUUAACCAGCGUGAGCUGCUGAUCUGUUGUCACAAUCCAUUGGACGGUCCUGACUAUCUUUUGCACUGUGACAUUGACGGAAAGUUUUUGGGAUAUUACGAAAUUAAAGGGGGAACAUAUUCUGUUUACUUCACUAAUCAGUACUUUCAGGAGAGCAUGAUUCCACUUCCGUACAGCGAGAUGCAAGAAGGUGGUUUGGAUAAGGAGCCUUCAUUCUUCUAG